UUUAGAGGCCCAGGUUAAUAUUUGACACAUACCACAGAAACGCAAAUUGCAUUUUCUCUAAUCAUUUGUUUGUCAUACUUUUUGAUUUCAAGCUUCACAAACCAUGCCUCCAAAAUUCCUCACUCUUGGCUGACUCCAAUAGCCAUCAGUGGGUCCAACCCCACUUCACUACGUGCCCUGCCCUACCCUCUCCUCAUUUAUAAAUAUCCACAUCAUCCCUACCGGUCUCGAAUAAACCCUUUCACGCCGUUGGAUAUGCCCCGUGCUUCUCUCCUUUCAAAUCCAAAUUAAAAUAUCCUUUUUCAUUACACCAAGAUAACAUUAAUUAGCUUCUAAUCUUCCAGUAAUCUCACGGAUAUUCUCAACAAUAUUCUUCGCAACCGUUUAUAUGCGUGUCGCGUAAACAUACAACUCUUGCAUCCCUCAAUGGCUGUGAGAGUAAAACGUGUCACUGAUCCGUUAGAUGAUCGUGUCAAGAACCGAAUCGUUGCUGCGUACCAUAGCAGCGGCAGCGAACACAGCGGCACCGCCAGCCAUAUCAGUGACGACGAUGAUGAUUCAUCUCAUUCCGUUCAUUCACUCUCUUAUCUUCUUCGUUGUUUCGAUGAAGAAAACGAUGACGACGAUGCGAUCAACACGGAUGAACAAGACGUAAAGCCUCGUGCACACGAAAGUGAUUCGGAUUUUUCGGAUUCGGAUUCGGAUCAAGGCGAAGAAAAACUGGAAGAAAUUAAUUCGACAAUGCGUAACCUAAACGUUGAUAGGUUUAGAAACGUUCUGUUCUCGAAUGUUUUGGAAGCUAUGGCUGUUUUUCGCUGUUUAAAACCUAACACACAGAUUCUCAACCGUAACGUCAUGAUGUUUUUACAGAAACUUGGUUACAACGCCGCGAUCUGCAAAACAAAGUGGCGGAGCUGCGGCGGACUCACCGCCGGUAACUACGAGUUCAUCGACGUCGUUCAGUCCGGUUCCGGUGUUCGUUACUUCAUCGACGUCAACUUCGCCGGAGAGUUUCAGAUCGCCAGACAAACGAAUCAGUUCCGGCGGUUUUUACAAAACUUGCCGGUCGUUUUCGUCGGAAAAAGUGCAGAUCUGAAGGUGAUUGUGAAAUUGAUGAGUGAUGAAAUAAGGAGGUCGAUGAAAUGUAGGGGAUUACUGCUUCCUCCGUGGAGGAAAAACCGGUUCAUGCAGAAUAAGUGGUUUGGGCCGUACCGGCGAACGGUGAACUAUAUUCCGGCGAAUAUUGCUUCUUGUUUGACGGUUCCAGUUAACCAGAUGACAGCGAACGUUAAAUGCAGUAUGAUUGGGUUUAGUGUUGUUGACAGUGCUCCGUUACUCAACGCGGCAACCCGUACAAGAUAAAUUAAAAUAUUUCGUAAUCUGGAAAUGCUGCAAUUUGACUUUUUUUAAUCAGAUAAGAUAACAAGGGUAAAUACAAUAUUGAUGUUUCGCUCCAAAUCUACUAAUCAAUGUUAAAAGUGUAUAGUUCUUAUAAUAUAUUUAUUGUAAAAAUCGAACGCUAUUUAUUUUUAUGAUUUUCGAAUUUGAUGCUAA